AUGUCGGUCAGCUCGCUCGCACACAUGGAAUUGAAACAUCCCUGGCCUUUCCGCUCGUCUUUUGAUCCGAACAACAACUGGUCGACGAUCGACUAUAGCAUGACGAACCCUCUCUGGCUCAACGGCUCAAAUUAUCCGUGCAAGCACUAUCACACCCAAUAUCGAUCAAUGCCGGUCGUUGAUACCCUCGUUGCUGGCUCGAGCUACCAGCUGCAGAUAUCCGGUACUGCCUACCAUGAUGGUGGCUCUUGUCAAAUUGCAAUCUCGUACGAUGGAGGCCAGACAUGGGGCGUGAUCCAUUCGAUCGUCGGCGGAUGCCCCCUUGUGCCGACGUACGACUUCAUCGUCAAUCCUGACCUGCCCAGCACAAGCAAAGCCCUGCUGAGCUGGACAUGGAUCAACAGCAAAGUCGGCUUUCGCAACCUCUACCAGAACUGCGCCAUCGUUCGCGUCAACGGAAGCAUAUCGAGAAGCAUCACCCUUCCGGCGCUCUAUCUUGCUAAUGUGCAAGGCACUCAAUGCCUAACGGUCGAAGGGACCGAGCCCGUCUAUCCUGUUCCCGGCGCGAGUUGGCAACUCGGUGGCUCCUUCUCAAUGUACACGAGCUACCCGCCGGUGACUGUUCUGGCUUCUUGCUCGAUCGAUUACACACGCAACGUCACCAUCGGCCCGCUCUCGAACGACAUUGCUUCGCUCGACGUCAGCACAGAUCCAGGUCCUAGAAUCCGCAUGGUUCGCUCAGUCGUAGAGCCGAGCGAGUUUGGUCGCUUUGUGCCUAUCGGUACCCGCUUCUUUGCAAGACAGCAUCCCGGCAGGCUGUUCUGGCAGAUGCGUUCAAGCAUGCAAUGA